UUUGACUCUGCUCACGCCGGACGCAUGCAUGGGGAAGAAGCAAAGUGUGUAAAAAUAUAAAUAACAAUAUGGCCAAUGGAGUGACAAUGAUUAGUUACUGCGUGGUAGAAGACGGAUACCCACAUUUACUCCUCAAACCCCUCCUCCUCUUUAUAUGCAUAAGAAAUGGGACUUGCAUGCAAAAUUAAACCCCCCAAAACAGGAAUGGAAUUCAAUCUAAUCGUAAUAACAGCAGUCAUGAUGGUCCUAAGGGGUGCAGCAGGGAGUGAAGCACCCUCGCAGCAGCAAGGAGAGGUGCCAGCCAUGUUUGUGUUCGGCGACUCUCUUAUAGACAACGGGAAUAACAAUAACCUCCCUUCCUUCGCUAAGGCUAAUUAUUUCCCUUAUGGCAUCGACUUCAGCGGCGGCCCCACCGGCCGAUUCUCCAACGGCUACACCAUGGUCGACGAGCUCGCCGAGCUUCUGGGGCUGCCUCUGAUUCCGGCCUUCUCUGAAGCCACUGGAGAUCAAGUCCUCCGAGGCGUCAACUAUGCCUCUGCCGCCGCUGGUAUUCUUGAUGUCACCGGAAGAAACUUCGUGGGGCGCAUACCGUUCGACCAGCAGAUAAAGAAUUUCCAGAGCACGCUGGACCAGGUAACUAGCCGAGGGGGAAGUGCGGUGGAAGUGGCAGAGUCGGUGGCCAGAAGCUUGUUCUUUGUGGGAAUGGGAAGCAACGACUAUCUCAACAACUACCUGAUGUUUGUAGUGGGGUAAAUCCGCAUCAUUCAUCGUCCACAUAAUCCAACCACUGCACACACACGUUUCCAACCUUUUUCCCACCGUCUUGUUCAGCAGUACACCACUCAGCUCACUAAUCUGUAUAACCUGGGGGCUCGAAAAUUCGUGCUGGCUGGGCUUGGCAGAAUGGGAUGCAUCCCCAGCAUUUUGGCUCAGGGAACGGACGGGCGUUGCUCUGAGGCAGUGAACCAGCUGGUUCUGCCUUUCAACACUAACGUCAAGGCCAUGAUCUCCAAUCUCAGCACCAAUCUCCCCGGCUCAAAGUUCACAUACGUGGACAUAGCUCACAUGUUCGAGGACAUAGUCACUAACCCAGCGACCUAUGGGUUCACGGUGGUUGACAGAGGGUGCUGUGGGAUAGGACGGAACAGAGGGCAGAUAACGUGUUUGCCAUUACAGACGCCUUGCGAGAAUCGCGACCAAUACGUGUUUUGGGAUGCCUUUCAUCCAACGGAGAAGGUUAACGUCAUCAUGGCACGUAAGGCCUUCUCGGGCGACCAGACUGUGGCUUUUCCUCUCAACAUCCAGCAGCUUGCCUCACUUUCUCUGUAACUGCAGUCUUCUUCGUGUUUGGUCUUUUAAUGCGAAGCUUUUGAGUAAUACUAAGAUGCUGCUAUACCACUUUAGUCUGUUAAUUGAUGAAUCUAUAUUGAUCAUUGCGUUAGGCAAAAGAAGAAGAAUGCAUCCAUCAGAAUGAAUGUAGUUCCCGACUCCCAGCCGUGUGAACCAUUGUCAAUCAACCUUCCCAUCUCAAUAAAAAAA